AUGGGACAGCUAGAUUAUGUCAACACAGGACAGCUAGAACAUGUCAUUACGGGACAGUUAGGACAUGGCAACACAGGACAGCUAGGGCAUGUCAUUACGGGACAGCUAGAUUAUGUCAACACAGGACAGUUAGGACAUUGCAACACAGGACAGCUAGAACAUGGAAACACAGGACAGCUAGGACAUGAAAACACAGGACAGCUAGGACAUGGAAACACAUUAGGACAUGGCAACACAGGACAACUAGGGCAUGGAAACACAGGACAGCUAGAACAUGUCAUUACGGGACAGCUAGAUUAUGUCAACACAGAACAGCUAGGACAUGGCAACACAGGACAGCUAGAACAUGGAAACCAAGACAGGACAGCUAGAACAUCAAAACCAAGACAGCUAGGACAUGGCAACACAGGACAGCUAGGACAUGUCAUUACGGGACAGCUAGGGUUAGGGCAUGUCAACACAGGACGGCUAGAACAGGAAAACACAGGACCGCUAGGACAUCCAAACACAGGACAGCUAGGACAUGCAAACACAGGACAGCUAGAACAGGAAAACACAGGACCGCUAGGACAUGCAAACACAAGACAGUUAGAACAGGAAAACACAGGACCGCUAGGACAUACAAACACAGGACAGUUAGAACAGGAAAACACAGGACCGCUAGGACAUACAAACACAGGACAGUUAGAACAGGAAAACACAGGAACGCUAGGACAUGGCAACACAGGACAGCUAGAACAUGGAAACCCAGGACAGCUAGGACAUGGAAACACAGGACAGCUAGAACAGGAAAACACAGGACCGCUAGGACAUGCAAACACAGGACAGUUAGAACAGGAAAACACAGGACCGCUAGGACAUGGCAACACAGGACAGCUAGAACAUGGAAACCAAGACAGCUCGGACAUGGAAACACAGGACAGCUAG